UGUCCAUCGCUGUCCGGAACUUUAUAACCUCACAAGCAUUUUCAUUGUAAACUUUUACAAACAAAAACUUAAUAAUAAGUAACAAAUUUACUUAAAAAUAUUCAGCAAUGGCAGAUGUUUUAGAUAUUGACAAUGCAGAAGAAUUCGAAGUUGAUGAUGAAGGAGAUCAAGGAAUCGCUAGACUGAAGGAAAAGGCAAAGAAAAGGAAAGGCAGAGGUCAUGGAUCAGAAUUAGUUUCCGUGCGAGAUGAUGUCGGUCAUUAUGAAUCAAUGAAUGUUGUUGAGGACAACGAUGAUGAACCAGGACCACAAAGAUCCGUUGAAGGAUGGAUUUUAUUCAUUAACUCUGUUCAUGAAGAAGCACAAGAAGACGAUAUACAUGAAAAAUUUUCCGAAUUUGGUACAAUAAAGAAUUUACAUUUAAAUUUGGAUCGACGAACUGGAUUUCUUAAAGGAUACGCUCUGGUUGAAUACGAGACAUUUAAAGAAGCUCAAGCUGCCAAAGAAGAACUUAAUGGCAAAGAAAUACUUGGUCAAGCAAUUUCUGUUGACUGGUGCUUUGUAAAAGGUCCCAAAAAAAUUAAAAAGAGGAGUCACCGGCGACGUUAGAAUUAAUUAUCUCUAGACAUAAUAAUUAUGACUUUAAUUUUUCAAAAAACAAAAGAAGAACAUAUAUUUAAGAAUCGUUUAAAUAAAUUUUCUACGAAAAAAAAUUAUUAUAAAAUUAAUUCUUUGUUUUUCGUUUUUGGACGAAGUUAAAAAGAAAUAUUUCAUAAUGUACUACAAAUAAUUUUGUUUAUUCUUAAAGAUACAAAUAUACGCUCACACAACAUA